AUGGCGCUCCUGUGCUGUCGGCGGCGAGGGCUUCCCCCGGCGCAGGGUGCACGCCCGCGUCUCCUGGGUGAGCCCUGUCCUCGCAGGCCGGGCGGGCCGGCCACCGCAGUCGCCCCUCACCGGGCUGGCUCGGCUCUCUCCCUCCCACCCCCCGGCGCAGAGCGCGACCAGCUGCAGGCGGAAGCGAGCGAGCGCUUCGCCGCCGGCUACAUCCAGUGCAUGCACGAGGUGCACACGUUCGUGUCCACAUGUCAGGCCAUCGACGCCACCGUGGCCGCCGAGCUCCUGAACCACCUACUUGAGUCCAUGCCGCUGCGCGAGGGCAGCAGCUUCCGGGAUCUGCUGGGGGACGCCCUGGCCGGGCCGCCCGGAGCCCCUGGGCGGAGCGGCUGGCCCACGGGAGGGGCUCUGGGGUCGCCGCUGCCCAGCCCUCCGGGCCCCGGGGACGACCUGUGCUCCGAUCUGGAGGAGGCCCCUGAGGCUGAACUGAGUCGGGCGCCUGUUGAGGGGCCGGACUCGGUGCUCCCGGCCCUGGGCAGCCUGACUGCUGCCCGCAUAUCCCAGAGCAUCUGGAGGCCGUGGUGACCAGCCUGCGGGGGUGGGCCCAGCCUUCUCACUCUCUACUCCCUCCUCCCUGGGGUCCUGAUGUGAUGGGACAGGGUCCUCGAUGUCUCCCAGGUCUGCCUGCCCCCCUCCUCCAGCCUACGGCUUACAGGGCAGUCUGGGAGGACCAGCCCUGUCAGGCCCCUAGGCCCGUUUCUUGAGGAAGUAACUUUGUGGCCCCACAGUCCCGGGUUGGGUGGAGGGAGAGAGCCACAGGCAGGAGGAAAAAUCUUGCAGA